AUGAUCAAGGCGAUCCUGGUGUUUAACAAUCACGGCACGCGGCUCAGCCGCUUCUACCAGCGCUUCUCGGAGGAUAUGCAACAGCAGAUUAUCCGUGAAACUUUCCAGCUAGUGUCCAGGAGAGAUGAAAAUGUCUGCAACUUUUUGGAAGGUGGCAGUUUGAUUGGAGGGUCAGAUUACAAGCUGAUUUACCGGCACUAUGCAACCCUCUACUUCCUGUUCUGUGUUGACUCGUCUGAGAGUGAGCUGGGGAUUCUGGAUCUGAUACAGGUGUUUGUGGAGACGUUGGACAAGUGUUUUGAGAAUGUCUGUGAGCUGGAUCUUAUAUUCCACAUGGAUAAGGUCCAUUGCAUUCUGCAGGAAGUGGUGAUGGGAGGAAUGGUGUUGGAGACCAACAUGAAUGAGAUUGUGUCACAGGUCGAGGCACAGACUAAAUUGGAAAAGGCAGAGGCUGGCUUCUCCGCUGCUCCGGCUCGUGCAGUGUCUGCUGUCAAGAACAUCAACCUGCCGGAGAUUCCUCGCAACAUCAAGGUUUCCAAUCUCUCCCCGUUUGUGUAACAGGACGUUUGGAUCAAUGAAGCCUUGUCACCCUCUGCACUUCCCCAGAUUCCAGGCAAUGAUGAGCAUGUCCCCGUACAACCGUGAGACCUGAUUGUCUUUGGUCCGGAGUCCUUCAUCCUGUAACAGAAUCAGAGGCACAAAGGCUGACGUUGUGUUGAGUACCCGUAUCAGCUGUAUUGUCCAUGGGGUGCACCUGAAAGGUGAUUGAAAAGCAGAAAGCCAACAGUGUUGGAAAUCUGAAAUAAAAAUGGAAAAUGCUGGAGA